UGAAUACUCAUUCUUGACUGACUACAAUCCCAUACACAAGCUUAAGUACAAGCAUGGCGAAUAAAUCAAUCUAUGAUUUCUCUGCUGAGACCCUGGAUGGACAGCUGGUUCCGCUUUGUAACUACAGGGGUAAGGUGCUUCUCAUCGUCAACGUUGCCACCUUCUGAGGGUCAACAAUAGAGGAGUACCACCGACUGAAUGCACUGAUGGAAAUGUUUGGCGACCUCAACUUCACUGUCCUGGGAUUCUCCUGCAACCAGUUUGGUCUUCAGUCACCUGAGGUGAAUCAUGAAACCCUCAAUGUUCUGAAGUAUGUGAGACCCGGAGGAGGGUUUGAACCAAAGUUUCCUGUCUUUGCCAAAGUGGAGGUGAAUGGGUUAAAUGAGGAGCCACUCUUCACAUAUCUAAAGGAAUCUUUACCAUUUGUAAAUCCCGUUAUUGGAGACCUCAGGAAGUUUUACUGGUCUCCGAUAAAAGUCAACGACAUCCGCUGGAACUUUGAGAGGUUCCUCAUCACUGCAGACGGUGUUCCCUUCAGAAGGUUCGAACUUCACUGUCCCAUGGAAACGGUGGAGAGGGGCAUCGCAGAGCUGCUCACCUGAACUGUCUUCAAUGUGUCGGACAGAGUGGCAGAGUGACGAUCCCUCGGUAAAUGCACCCGUGCACCUGAGCUGGAUCUGAUGAAGAGGAGCAGGACUCAGAGCUUCAGUGCAUUCACUCUGAGGACAGACUCCCUUCAGCCACUGGAGAUGUUUCUGUGUCGUUGUCACGCAUUUAAUGAUGUAAUAGCACCUCAAAGAGAAAAAAAAAAAAAAUCUAAAUAAAAAAUAUAAGUAAAUCCUA